AACCAUCCAGAUUCUAAACGCAGCAAAUUACCAUGGUGCGCCUGACGGAUCUCCUGCUCAUGGCAAGGAAGCAGAUCCCUGCCUGGAAGAAGGUCAAUCGACACUACCGCUAUACCAUGUCAAGGCCCUGGACCAUCCAGGCCCAGAUACAGAACCUUCCCGGGAGGGAUCGUCCUAAGGUCCAGGUGGAACCAAUCAACGAAUGGAAGAUCUUUAGAGGUGACUUGGUUCAGGUCUUGAAGGGGAGAGAUACAAGCAAACUUGGACUUGUCCUAGAUAUUGUUAAGCAGAGAAAUUGGGUCAUCGUUGAAGGCUUGAAUUGUCAUUAUAGGAGGAUAGGGAGAAUGCCAGGAUACUCUGGGACAAUGGUCAAAAGUGAAGGACCCUUGGAUGUUAGGGAAGUUGCACUUGUGGACCCUUCAGACAACAAACCAACGGACAUUGAUUUCCGGUACACGGAAGCAGGAGAGAAGGUACGGGUUUCCAGACGGACGGGGAGAAUCAUCCCCAUACCAAUAGUAGACUCUGAUUCCAGAGAUUACAAGAGCAAGGAAAGCUAUGUCGAGCAACCCAAAGACUCUGUUGCAGAGGACGUGUGUAAAAGAACAUUUGAACCCUCAUUGAAGACGGUCGAAGAGGAGCUCAUGGAAGCAUAUGAUAUCAAAGAAACAAGGAAACGUGGCAAGACUUACUGGUAUUGAGGACCUUUGUAGUCCCAUGGAUGAGAGGAUUUGGAACUCCGAGCUGAGAUAGACAAUGCCAAUAAAGACUUCCCAGUGUAAGCUUUUAUGGAGGGAUUUGAUUUCUAUGCAGUGUUAAUGCAGCAAUAGGUGCUGUCUUCUCACCCAGGGGCGAAUCAAGCAUCUAUUAUCCCAUAGAUGCUGUGCAUUUGUUAUCUUGUGCUCGCCGCCCCCCCCCCCCCUAUGGAAAAAUCAUCACCUAGUCAUCCCUGUUCGGACAUUGCCUGAGUCAAGCAAAGGAAUGUCUGUGAUCCGAUUCCGAGGUUCAGUCCCCCCGAGUCAGUCUCGUAGAUGCAGCGAUAUCAGAGGGAUUCCAUGGAUUAUGACAGCGCCUGGUUUUAGCAAAUUGCCAUUUUAAACACCAUGAAAACUCAAAACAGAGUGAACAGGGCCCUGUAAUAUAAAGCUUAGUGAUUGAUAGUGGGGCAGAUAACUGUGAUAGAUCACUCACAGUAAUCGGUGCAAUCAACCCCAUAAAGCAAUCCCACAAACAGUUUCUAAGCUCUAUGCUACUUGGACCCAUAUGACAUUCAGUUUCUACUAUAAAGAGAUCGUAGGAUGAUGAUACUGGUGGUUUUGUGUAGAGUACAGAAGAAGAAUAAAGUGACUGUAGAGAAUGAAGCUGACAAGAUUUCUGGUUAAAUUUUUUCUGACGAAAUUCCACACUUCACAUUCACAGAGUACUUUUUGUUUGUGUCAAACACGGACAGGUUAUGUUGAGGAGGCACAUUUAAUUUGAUCAAUGAUAUGAGGAUAUCAACAAAAAAUAAUCCUGUAUUGAUAAAAUAAGAUAUUUAUAUUUCUGCAGAACUUGAAGUUACCAGGGAACUUUGUCUCAAAAUUGCCUAGUUAUGUUUUACAAUUUUGAUUGAUACUGUGUAAUAAAUAAAAGUAUAUAAAUUUUCUUGUGUUAUUUUCAAAUUUAUUGUUUUCCAGUAUUAUAUAUUUGCACUUUAAUUUAAAAACAAAUAGAUAAUGAGACAUAUAUGCCGUGUAUCAGAGGUAAAAAAAAUCUCUGAAAUAUUUUAGUAACUGUUGCGUUUUCCCAUCAGAAAGUUUUAUUGCUAACAUGAUCACAUUACAUUGAUGAGUAUAAUAUAAUACUAAUUUAAUGCUAAUUUGAUGUGGUGUGAUUUAUUAGUGAUAAUGUUCUCUCUAAUAUCUUUGGAUCUCAAAACUAGUAAAAUAGUAUUGGCUGAUGUCGUGGCCCAAAAAAGAAAGCUCAUAGUGGGAUGCUGUACAGCAAUAUUAUCCUGUAAUUCUCUUUAAUUUUUGGUUUUGUGGCAACUGAAAAGUAUAGCUCAUUUACAUCACAUUGAUGAGCAAUAUGAAGAUAUCCAUGUAAGGCCUCCAUACAUUUGAUGAGGAUCUCAAAUCCUUUUUCUCUCCAACUUUAUUAUGAUGAAUCAGUUGUAAAUUUAAGUUAGAAUCAAGUUUUAAAAUCAUUCAGUUUUCUUUUAAAAUAAUAUUUUCAUAAUGGCAUGAAAUUUAUUUGUAAACGAUGGUUUUCAUUCACUUUUAUAAAUUAUGGAUUUUUUGCAAAGAAGUUGAUCAAAAGGCUUGUACGGUGUCUCAUGAGUGGUGACAUGAAAGACCGUCCUUGCAAGAUCCUUUCAAGCGAUUGGCCAAAGAUUAAUUCUGGUGAACAGAUACAAACACUUGGGGGUUGUCAUUGCAUCAGAUUCUCUUCAAAUUAUUUCAUGAUCAGUUGUCAAAAUGAGAGUUGAUAUUCCUAUCCAAUUCUUAUGUUUUCCUUGAGACGCCAUUAACCAUAAGUUAAAGGGGAAGAUCCCUCUGACAAAAAGUUGGUGUGAAUUAGAGCAGGAAAAAAAAUGAAAGAAAAGUUCCCCAAAAUGUCAUUUUUUUAGAAACUGAAAGUGAUUUUAUUUAAUAGGGUGGAAUAUAUCAGACACAUCAUUUUUUUAAAUUGAUGGAAUGUAUAUUGCAUGUACAUGACAUAAUGGGGGAAUGGCUCGCAUAAGACAUCACAAAUAAAAAAGAAUUGAAAUUUUGUGAUUUUGUCUUAUUCUUUGAUGGGUUUAAUCAAACCUUUACAUUUUUCCCCUCUAAUUUCUCUGCUUUUAUUACAACAAACGUCUCGUCAGGAUGAAGACAUUAAAAGUUUUGCAGAAUAUCACCCAAAAAAAUUACUAGAACAUGAAUAUCCUGAUUAAUAUGUAAAUAAGGUAACUGAUGAUGUCGCCCACUCACGUUUUCUUUUUCAAUCUAUUAUAUGGAAUAUUGCAUUUUUUCUUUACCAGAAUGUUAAAUAAGGUUCAUUUCUCCAUGAACACGUGGAGUUGUCUUUAUUGUAACGUAUGAAUAGGUUCAAUACCGUCGGCUCUACAAAAAUCAAUAUUCUAUGACUCAUACUGUAAAGAAAUGAAAUAAGUGGUGGUAAGUCAGAGAUGACAUUUGCAUGUCACUGUGUUUUGCAUAUAACUAUUUCGUAAAAAAAUAAGCAAAACUUGAAAUAGUCAUGAAAUUUUUAUAUCUAAAGGACAAGUUCACCCCAACAAAAAGUUGAUUUGAAUUAAAAGAGAAAAAUUAAAAUUAAAAAAAGCCACGCAUAACACUGAAAAUUUCAUCAAAAUCGGAUGUAAAAUAAGAAAGAUAAAACAUUUUUAAUGUUUCGCUUAGUUUUACAAAAUACAAUGUAUGCACAUCCCGGUCGGUAUGCAAAUGAGGGAACUGAUGACAUCACUCUUUAUUUCUCUUGUAUUUUAUUAUAUGAAACAUGAAAUAUUGUUUUCUCCUCAUUGUCCUGUGAAACAAAUAUUUCUCCCUGAACAUGUGGAAUUACCAUUGUUAAACAUAUACUGUUCAGUCAAGUUGAUCUUUACUGUCAAAUCUGUAAAAAUUGAAAUAUUGUAUACCGUAAUUCAAACAAUAAAAAACUAAAGAAAUAGUGCGUGAGGGACAUCAUCGAUUCUCUUAUUUGCAUGUGACUAAACUGUGCAUAUAACUAUUUUGUGAAAAAUAAGCGAAACUUUAAAAUGUCAUAGCUUUCUUAUUUUACAUCCCAUUUUGAUGAAAUUUUCAGCAUUAUGCUUGUCUGAUUUUCCCUAUUGAUUUAAAUCAACAUUUUUCUGAGGUGGACCUUUAAUCUGAUUUUGAUUAAAUUUAAUUAUGCUUGUUUGAUUUUUCCUCUUUUUAUUUGGAACAAUAAACGUUUUGCUGGGUGGACUAUACGUCUACUUUAAUGGCGGUGGGGGUCAAUUUGACCCCCUAUUGUUUCAUAUGACUAUGGUUCUUACAUACAACUCCAUAUAUAUUGCGUACAAAUCAUUUCAAACAACAAAUAAUGAGACAUGAAUGCAGUGAAGUUGGGUAAUCUUAGUUGUCAAAGUUGUAAUUUUAAAACCUCAUAAGAAUUUCAAUAAGUACUCUGUACAAUAUACAAAGAUAAGUUAGACAGUCACGACUGACAAAUUUGCAUUUGAACGUUUUUCUUCAAAAUUGUUGGUUCCAUGAUUAUAAAUACAACAUGUAUAGCCUUAAAAAAUGAAAUGAAAGGGGAUGUUUUCAACAUUGGCAAAUGUAAAUGUAACAUGAAACUAACAUGAUCUCAUCAACACAAAUAUAAUAAAUACUGUAUGUGUUUAUUGAUUCUAAAGGGGGUCUCGCAAUCUGUCGUGCAACUAUUUGCGAUGGUUGUGAUCAUGUACAAAAUAUACAGGUGAAUGGUAGCAUUGUAGCAAAUGGUUGCACAACUAAUUGUGAAAGUCCUUUAAAUAGAGUAUUCAAACGAUGAUGCUCUAGAACACUUUUCUUUUAUAUUUCUGUGCUUUGGACAUCACAUUUUGGCAUGAGAAAACAACCAAUGUCCCAUAUUUGGUAGGAACUGGUUCCUGGGGGCCUGGGCCCAGGGAUAUGCCACAAGCAUACCUACAAGUACUUGGUCCCAAUGAAACUGGUGUAUUUUGGCCUGGUUACAAGAAUAGUUCUGAACCAUGCCUGUAAUAGGUCCCCAUGCCUUAUGUCAAAUUUGGUGUCAUCAUUUGCUACCAAAAAAUAUGAUCAUAAAUAUGUUGUGACACAGACACACACAAAACAAAAA